GCGCCCGGGAGGCGCUGAGGCGUGGGGCGCAGCAUGGCGGUGGCGGCGCUGGAGGCCGGGGCUCGGCUGGGCCGGCUGCUGAGCGGGCCGGGGUCCGGCCCAGCGCUGAGAGCGGGGCGAGGGCACGGGACGGCGGCCGGGCGCUCGCGGAGCCGGCGCGAGGCGGACGCGCCCGUGUUCCAGUAUGUGGGCGAGCGGGCGGCCCGCGCCGACCGCGUCUUCGUGUGGGGCUUCAGCUUCUCGGGGGCGCUGGGCGUGCCCACCUUCGUGCUGCCCCGCGCCGGGCCCGAGCGGCGCGCCGGCUCGCGUCCGCCCCGCAGGAUCCAGCCGGUGCCCUACCGCCUGGAGCUGGACCAGAAGAUUUCAUCUGCUGCCUGUGGCUAUGGAUUCACAUUGCUCUCUUCUAAAACUAAAGAUGUGACGAAAGUUUGGGGUAUGGGGCUCAACAAAGAUUCCCAGCUUGGAUUUCAUAGGAGCCACAAAGAUAAAACCCGGGGUUAUGAGUAUGUUCUGGAGCCCUCACCUGUCCCACUGCCUCUAGACAGACCCCAGGAGACACGGGUGCUGCAGGUCUCCUGCGGCAGAGCCCACUCUCUUAUCCUGACAGACUGCGAAGGAGUCUUCAGCAUGGGAAACAACGCUUACGGGCAAUGUGGAAGAAAUGUGGUCGAAAAUGAAAUUUACAGUGAAAGUCACAAAGUCAAUAGAAUGCAGGACUUCGAUGGACAGGUGGUCCAGGUGGUUUGUGGCCAGGACCAUAGCUUGUUCCUGACGGACAAAGGAGAAGUCUACUCUUGUGGCUGGGGUGCUGAUGGGCAAACAGGUGAAUGUCCCUCGGUGCCUACCCUUCUCAGGAGUGGGGAAGGUGAAGCAGGCCGCGUGUGGCGGUACAGGCUGUGCUGUGUUAAAUGGAGAAGGACAUGUUUUCGUCUGGGGCUACGGGAUUCUUGGGAAAGGCCCAAACCUUGUGGAAACUGCAUUUCCAGAGGUGAUCCCACCCACUCUCUUUGGCCUGACGGAGUUCAACCCGGGAGUCCACGUUUCUCAUAUUUGGUGUGGUCUCAGCCACUUUGCUGCCCUGACCAGCAAAGGAGAGCUGUUUGUGUGGGGCAAGAACAUCCGAGGGUGCCUUGGCAUUGGUCGCCUAGAAGACCAGUAUUUCCCAUGGAGGGUGACGAUGCCUGGGGAGCCUGUGGAUGUGGCGUGUGGUGUGGACCACAUGGUGACUCUGGCCAAGUCAUUUGUCUGAAGCCUCGCCCAGCCCGCGGGAGCCCGGAACCCGGCCUCAGAACCACCGGGGCUGCUCAGCAGAGGCCCCUGCAGGGGCUCCCCGCCCUUGGUGAAGCAAGAUGCUCUCUGCCAUGCCCUGAGCAGGAAGAUGCUGCAGGUCCGGGGACUCAGGCCCCUCUAGCCGAGGGUGAGACCCGCCGUUUUCAUCGCAGGAUGGCUGGCUGUCCUUGUCAGGCCUGGCAGCAGUGACAGGAGUCCUGGGCUGUGUGGCCCCAGCAGAACGAGGAACCUCCGCACGUCUCGGCCCUUCCAGGACCGUGUGACGGCUCCCCGUGGCCCAUCGGACUCCGGAAGCUACUCUGAGGGAAGCCUGGCCAUUUUGUUUGAUCUUAAAGGUGGCCUCAGAAUCGAGUGGCCGGGAGGGCGUCUGUAGGCCCCCAGCACGGCAGAGCUCAGGGUGGGAGUGCGGGCGGCUGCGUGGGCUGCGUGGGCUGCGUGGGCAGCGGGGCGAGCCCCGGCGCGGCUGCGGGAGCCAGGCUUCAGGCCCCCGCAGGAGUUAGAGCGAGGCCAGCCUCUCGUGACUGAGCACCCCCCGCGGAAGCUUGGCUGGAGGGCCAGCCUUGGAGGAGGGAUUCAAACAUUGUGGAAAACAUGUGAGGUAGUAACAUAAACUUGGCCUUUCAUUUAAAAACAUCUUUUAAAAAUCUCUUUUGGAAUAAAGUCUAUUUUCUGCCUUUUUAUUUUUAAGCA